AUGGCGUACUCACUCUCCACCUCAUUCUUCGGCGAGUCCCUCUUGUCCGGGUUCAACUGGUUCAACGGAGCCGAUCUCUCCAACGGCUAUGUCUCAUAUCAGAGCCGCCACGAUGCAGAGGCGCGAGGGCUUGUCUCAAUGGACCCAAGGACCCAGGCUGUCCGCCUGGGUGUUGACAGCACCAACUACUACGGCAUGGGAGAGGGUCGCCCCAGCAUUCGCAUUGAGAGCAAGGAGGCGUUCAACCACGGCCUCUUCAUCGCCGACUUUGCACACAUGCCCCCCUCAGAUUGUGGCCUCUGGCCAGCUUUCUGGGCUUAUGGCACCAACUGGCCCAAUGGUGGAGAGAUCGACAUCAUUGAAGGUGUAAACACAGCACACAAGAACUUGAUAUCCGCCCACACAGCCCAGGGCUGCUCCCAGGAUCCAUGGGAAGUCAGUCAGUCGACUGGCCUGCAGCGCAACUCCGACUGUUUCGUUGGUGAUCAGAACAUUGGCUGUGGAUUUGAGCCCCCUUCCUCCGAUGUUUCUUCAUACGGAGACUCAUUCAACGCCGUCAAUGGUGGUGUGUAUGCUAUGGAUUGGGACUCGGAGCGUAUUCGUGUCUGGCACUUUCCUCGCGGUCGAAUUCCUUCCGAUAUCAAGGCCAAGAAGCCCAACCCUGCCAACUGGGGCUUGCCCCAGGCCGCCUUUGGUGGCAGAAGCUGUGAUGUCGACAGGUACUUCAAGGAUAUGAGCAUUGUUCUGAACAUUAACUUUUGCGGUGACUACGGAAACGCUCUUUGGAACGACCAGUGCAGCGGCUAUGCAUCAACCUGCUCUGAAUACGUCGGCAGCAACCCUGAAGCCUUCACCAACGCCUACUGGGAAGUGAACUACAUCGAUGUGUACGAGAAGGGCUAUAUCUCCCCGACUCCAACAACCACGAAAAAGGCCCCAACACCCACUACCAAGGCUGGAGGUUAUACAUACCUUCCCUUCCCCGACCCGGGAAUCGGCACCGAGCCCACCGCCAUUCCCAACCCCUUCAGCAUCAACCGAUACGCUUACCUCGGCUGCUUCGAGUCCACCUCCAGCUUCGGAACCUUCGAGGUCGAGUCCGAGAAGGAGGACAUGACCCUGGAGACCUGCGUCGGGCUCUGCAACGCCAAGGAUGCUGCAUACGCCGGUGUCAAUGGCCGAGUCUGCUCCUGCGCCCGCGAGCUUGAUCAGGAUACCCGCGCCACUGCUCUCGAGCGACACUGCGCCAGGCCGUGCCCCGGAAACGCAGGCCAGUUCUGUGGUGGCUCCAGCUCCAAGUCCAUCCCCAGCCCCAGCCCCGAGCCCAGCCCCAGCUCCAAGCCCGGCGUCAACUCCAAGAAAGCCCCCGGUGACGGUGACAAGGCCGACUGCCUCCUUACCGUCUAUGGUGCCGUCCUCGACACUCAGCCUGCUGUGCCGCCUCCCAUGGCACCCAUGCCCAAGAGUCUGAUGAAGGGUGCCUACGUCAUCCAUACUCCGGCGACUGGCACAACGACCAAGGCUCCCGCGGUUCCUCGCCCAGCCAAGACUCCAAACUGGGCCAUGACCCCCUCCUCGUUCACUACGCCAACUCCCUCGCCGACUCCAUCUCCAUCGCCGGCUACUCCCCAACCCAAGAAGGCGCCCACCACCCUUCACCUAUCUCGAGUCUCAGAGACUGCAACUCCUGCCGCAUCAAGCAGCAGCAAAGCUAGUGACAUCCCCGUCUCUGCUGCUGCCCCGAAGGCCCCCUCCAGGAUGAGCGUUGUGAUCGGCGUCGCCGUCAUGAUCAUCGCCAUGCUCUAA